AUGGUUCGGUCCAGGACCAAGUCGGACUGGAUCGGAUUCAUCUGGUUCGAAAAAUUUAUGAUCCGACUUGGUCUUGAUCUCAAAUUUUUUUUAUCGAAAAUGGUCCGAAGUGGUCCUGGUCUCGAAAAGUUAUGGUUCGGUCCAAAAAAUUGGGACCAGGCAAAUAUGUUCUUGUUCGACUUACCAAACAUUGUUCUAGUUAAAAUAUUCAAAGUUGUUGGGCCCUAUGAAACGGUUCGUCUAUUUUACAAAUAUCGAUUAAAACAUAUGAAACCUGUUUUGAGUGAUCCUUCUAUUUGGUCGUAUAUUCAUUUAUCCAACUCAUCAUUACUAUCAAUAAACUAUGAAAUAUUCGACUAUUUUUGUCAAUUAUUAAUAUUGAAUCAAUAUUAUAUUCCAACAUUGAUUAUCGACAAUGAUUUAGAUGAUGUAUGUCGACAAUUAUUAUACAACAACGGUUUUGAUUUAUUGAAUUUUCGUUCAUUGAAACGUUUGAUUAUCGAUAAUAAACAAAUUCUGUUCAAAGAACGACAUUGUUUAUUUAAUAAGUGUACAUCAACAUUAGAAACAUUGAAGUUAAACAAGAAUUGUAUCAAUGAUAAAUGUGGUUUAAGAAAAUUUCAAAAUUUAACUCAUUUACAACUAACUGUCUUUAUCAACAUUAAUCAACAAUCAUUUCAACAUUUGAUUGAAUUAGAUAUCAAAAUUAUAUUCGAUUAUUCAAGUCGAGAUCUAUUUACUCGUUCGUAA